AUGUUGCUAGAAUCUAUUGGACAAGUCUACGAGAAGGAGUUACGCAAUGCUCAAAAGCUUGGCAUAGAGAAAGCUAGAAUUCUUGCUAUGUGUGCCGCAUUACCCCUUUCUCUACUUCAGGAAAUUACACAGGCAAUCUUAAGGUAUGGAACAAAAUUGGUGCUUGAGGGGACUAUGACUCCGGGAUCGAUUUUUGGUGUUUUCUGGGCAGUGCAAGUCGGCACGCGAAGAUUGGGAGAAAGCAACUCUCAAAUGGGAGCAAUAAUUCGUGCAAAGCUAGCUCUUGCUGAUAUUUUUGCAAUUAUUGACAGGGCUCCAAAAAUUGAAUGUACACAAGCGGAUGGGUUGACACCUCACAAGGUUGAUGGACACAUUGCUUUCAAAAACGUAUAUUUCUCUUAUCCCACAAGACCAUCGGUGCAAGUGCUAAGAAAUGUGAGCUUCGAAGUGAGUCGUAUGAAACCCCUUUCUGUCAAGUUUGAACAAACUCGAUUGAGGGGAGAAAAAAUUGCUUUGGUGGGACACUCCGGAUGCGGUAAGACAACAUUGAUUUCGUUACUACUGCGUUACUAUGAACAAAAUGGUGGACAGGUAUACCUUGACAAUAUUCCACUUCGAGACUACAAUACUAGAUGGUUGAGAAACAUUGUCGGUGUUGUACAGCAAGAACCUGUCAUAUUUGCGGCUACUGUUGCUGACAAUAUUCGAAUGGGAGACAACUCGCUGACAUACAAGGAUAUAGAAGAAGCGUGCGAAUUGGCCAAUGCUCUCAGUUUUAUCAAGAAGCUCAGCCAAGUAAGUCUAGGUAUAAAACGCCUAAGGGGUUGAAC